AUGAUCUGGCGCUCACGCAGGGAGGCCGCUAACGUUACAGGUGUUACACUGCCAUUCCUGCCAUUGCUCACAAUCAACACAAAACAACUGAAACCAGAAAGUAGCCUACGAGAUGUAGGACGUCCCAGAAUGGCCAAACACUUCAUGAUUCCUUCUGGUUUUGUUGGAUUAUUAUUCUUUAAUCUGUAUAUCAUCUGUGUAAAAGGAGAUACAGAUCAUAUUUCCAUCGCUGCGCUUCAACCAGUAGGUAACAAGAUGCUGUUUUCCAUGUCCCGAGUCUCCCCCGCCAUUGCAAUAGCAAUUGAGAAGGUGACCGCGCCCAAUGGAGUUUUGCAUAAUCGGAAAAUAAUAGUGAGGUACCGCGAUUCUAAAUGUUCUCCAGCAGUUGCGAUGAACGAGAUGAUCAACUUUUACAUUGAAGACCAGUUUCACGUGGUCUUGGGACCAUGCUGCGACUACCCAGCGGCCCCCAUUGCCAGACAGAUGAAGUUCUGGAAUUUGCCUAUGAUCACCGUCGGAGCAAUGGCGGUGGAUUUUGUGGACAAGACCACGGAAUACCCGAUGGUGACGAGGACUGGACCAACGAUUAAUUUCUUAGCCGAGUACUUGAUAGAGAUUCUGAAGACGUUCAGGUGGAACAGGAUCAACUUGCUGUACGAUCCCAUGAGACACGGGCACGUGGAGGAAAGUUUCUGUCACAUUGUCGCUGAAGGAAUUCACUAUGUUUUGACGGUGCAGAAGAAGAUGGAGAAUUUCGCGCUGGAAUAUUUUCAGUUCAAAAACGAUUCUGAAAUUCUGGACAAUAUCGAGCUAAGGCUUGGGACCGAAUAUGCAGGUGAGUGA